GUAUCCGGAGGUGGGCAUACGAACUGCAGCUCUGCUGUCGCGUAUCCGUAGGAUCGCAGCCAAUCACCUGUCGCGCCUCAAACUACUGGUUCUGCGGUUCCGGCGCCGGCGCGUUCGCCCCUCGAGUCAUUCUCCAUUUCCCUUUGCAGAAGCCACAAGAUGCCCAAGGAAAAGAUCCAUAUCUCGCUCGUCGUCAUCGGUCACGUCGAUGCCGGCAAGUCGACGACGACCGGCCACUUGAUCUACAAGUGCGGCGGUAUCGACAAGCGUACGAUCGAGAAGUUCGAGAAGGAGGCCCUCGAGCUCGGCAAGUCGUCGUUCAAGUACGCCUGGGUCCUUGACAACCUCAAGGCCGAGCGCGAACGUGGUAUCACGAUCGACAUUGCUCUCUGGAAGUUCGAGUCGCCCAAGUACUUCUUCACGGUCAUUGACGCCCCGGGUCACCGCGAUUUCAUCAAGAACAUGAUCACGGGUACCUCGCAGGCCGAUUGCGCCAUCCUCGUCGUCGCCUCGGGUGUCGGUGAGUUCGAGGCCGGUAUCUCCAAGGAGGGCCAGACGCGCGAGCACGCGCUCCUCGCCUUCACGCUUGGUGUGCGCCAGAUGAUCGUCGCCAUCAACAAGAUGGACGACUCGUCGGUCAUGUACGGCCAGGCCCGUUACGAGGAAAUCAAGGAGGAAGUCUCGAACUACCUCAAGAAGGUCGGCUACAAGCCCGCCAAGGUCCCGUUCGUCCCGAUCUCGGGCUGGGAGGGCGACAACAUGAUCGAGAAGUCCGGCAACAUGCCCUGGUACAAGGGCCCGUGCCUCCUCGAAGCGCUUGACAACCUCAACCCGCCCAAGCGCCCCACCGACAAGGCCCUCCGCCUCCCGCUCCAGGAUGUUUACAAGAUUGGCGGUAUUGGCACGGUCCCGGUCGGCCGUGUCGAGACGGGUGUCCUCAAGCCCGGCAUGGUCGUCCAGUUCGGCCCCGUCGGCCUCCAGACGGAAGUCAAGUCGGUCGAGAUGCACCACGAGUCGCUCCCCGAGGCUGUCCCGGGUGACAACGUCGGCUUCAACGUCAAGAACGUGUCGGUCAAGGAACUCCGCCGUGGUUACGUCGCUUCGGACUCGAAGAACGACCCCGCCAAGGGCACGGAGAACUUCACCGCCCAGGUGAUUGUCCUCAACCACCCCGGCCAGAUCGGCAACGGCUACUCGCCGGUGCUUGAUUGCCACACGGCCCACGUCGCCUGCAAGUUCAAGGAGAUCACGCAGAAGAUGGAUCGCCGUUCGGGUAAGGUCCUCGAAGAGAACCCCAAGUUCGUCAAGUCGGGUGAUGCCUGCUUGGUCAUCCUCGAGCCGACGAAGCCCAUGACGGUCGAGUCGUUCCAGGAGUACCCGCCCCUCGGUCGUUUCGCCGUCCGUGAUAUGCGCCAGACGGUCGCCGUCGGUGUCAUCCACGGCGUUGUCAAGAAGGAGGCUGCCGGCAAGGGCGGCAAGAAGAAGUAAAUGCAAUCUGCGUAGUGUUGCUCUAGUGCUGGGCUUGCCCAUACUAAAACCCUAUUAGAUUACUUUUAUUUCC